UCACAGCCCUGAAGCCGGAGCUCGGCAGUCCCCGCAUGGGACCAUUAAAACCAACUCAGCUGCAGAACAGGUAUUCGGAGCAGCUGUGACCAGCGGACCUGGGGGAAAGGCCCCCCUAGGAGAACUAGGCACUUUGGGGCCCCUGUUCCCAUGCAGCAUGAUGGCCCUGAGGAUUUUCCGCUGCCCGAGUUGCGACAUGGGCUUCCGCUCCAAGCACCUGCUGGACAAGCACGUGGAGAAGUUCUGCAUUGGCCGUCAGGCAGCAGGCGACUCCUUUGCUCUCAAUGCCAGACACCGGGAGCAGGGGAAGAAGAUGCCCAGGAACACAGACACUCCAGACCACACGCAGCGGCAGCUGGGCGACCCGCGGGUGAGGAGAGUCCGUCUGGGACAGCAGCCGCAGGACUUCCUGAGCGACCGCGAGAGGAACCUUCUCGGAGGCUAUGAGCUUAAAGGGAGCCCCUCAGACAGCCGGGCCUUGAAGAAGCUGACAGAGGAGUUCCACAAACUGAGGAUGUCUCUGGAGGACACUGUCCCUGCUCUCCCACCCUUGAAGCCAGAGGAGGAUGCCGGCCGUCGGAUUUCCCACCGGCAGGGGUACAGGGAGCGGCUGCAGGAGAUAGCAAAGGCGCACGAGCACCAGAUGGCUGCUAUCCAGGCCAGGAACCAGCAUCUGGAGCAGCAGGGAGAGGAAAUCCGCAGGCGCCUGUCGGAGCUGGCCCUCAGCAACUCUUCCAGCACGCACGUCGAGCAGCUGCUGCUGGAGCUGAAGGCCCAGGAGGGGAAGAACCAGCUGGCGCUGGAUGCUCUAAGACACCAGAUUGGGCUCAUGCAGGCUGCAGACACGAGAAGCAGGUUGGAGCCAAACAGUCGUACCAACGCAGCCGGGGCCACGGAGAAGGUGGGCGGGAAGAUCUCCAUCAGUCUCGUCCCAUUCCCUCCGGCUGCCGGGCCCCUCUCCUCGGAAAUCAGAGCCCUGCACCUGGCCUACCUGCAGGGCGGGGGGAGCGACCCUGCCGUUCUGGCGCAGAUGUACGACCUGCAGGUGGAGGCCACGGCGCUGGAGAGGGCGGCUGGGAGGCAGGAACACAAGGAGAGGAAGAAAAAACACCAGGCGGCCGGCGUUGGCCCCCGGGGCCUGGACGCAGAGCUGCUGGCUGUGGAACUGGAGAAUCAGCGGCUGGAGGACGAACUCUUUAAGCUGAAGAUGCAGAGGGAUAAGAGGAGGGUGGAUGACGUUUCAUACAUCGCCCUGCCCUUUGGUGGCGAGAACAAAGGGGAGGAAGGACUUGCUGGCCAGAGAGUUGCUGCCUCCUCCGUCAAGGAAAGGCGGCUGGCAACACAUGAGAUUCUCAGUGAGUGGGGCAUCUGGGCUGCUCCCCUCCCUCCCUUCCCCUGUGGCCCGGGUGGACCAGGACCCACGAUGGCACCCUGCGUUCAAGUUGCUUGGCAGUGCGCCUCCCCUCUGCUUUCUGGCUCCCUUCCCCCAGGCGCGCUGGACAAGGAGCUGGCGGAGCAGCAGCGGGCACACGCGAUGGAGUUGGCUCAGCUGCACGCCGAGGUCGGGAUGCUGAGACGUGAGGCAGAGAGGGUGCAGCCCCGACGGGCUGGGAGGAGGUCGCCACCCAUGCUCCCACCGCCAGUGGCCCCACCCCUGCCACCGCCCCCGCCCCUGCCUCUGCCAGGCCAGCGUGAGCUCCCCUUCAUGGACCGAAUGGGACCUCAGACCCAUCUCAGCAGAUACUUGCUGGACCCUCCCGACGCUCUGGGACCUGCUCCGUAUGACCCAGCGGCCGGCUUUGUGAUAUUCUACGACUUCCUGCUGGGCUUGGACCCGACCUUCUUCCAGGUUUGCCUGGUGGCUGGGCUUUACCGUGAUGGGCAGGAGAUGGGCAAGCCAACCCCUCUCCCUGUCGCUUACUGCCAAAUGGGCCAGUCCCCACCGUAUGUAGUAGAUGGGCAGAGAGGCAACAGUGCAAUCCUAUCGGCUAAACAGCCGGUCCCAAGAGUCCGGCCCUCAACGUCCAUCGCUCUGGUGAUGGAGCUGCAGGCCUCUGGGGGCUUCGACGCCUACGGGCAGGAGAUCCAGCGCCUGGCCUCCCGGGGAUGGGCCAAAAUCAACCUUUUUGACCAGCUCCACCAGCUGAUCAGCGGGCGAUGGAAGAUUCCAGUCCGGUUGCUUCCGGUGCAGCCAGGCCUCACAAUAGAACAGCUGAAUGGGAUCCCUCAGGCUGGCAAGACGGAGCUUUACCUUCGGGUGGUGAAUGCGAGAGAUGCCGACGUGCAGUCGAUGGCCGAGAUCGACCCUGGCAACGCCGCCAUAUACCAAUACCCUCCCACGGUGUCCAGCCGCACAGCGCCCCCUGCAGGCAGCCUUCCAACCCAACGCCCUUUCCACCCUGCCCCCACCAGCCUGUGCCUUUCUGCUCCUCCUUAUGCUGGCUUUGUUGACCCGCCUCCUAUUCAGGAACAGCCUCUCCAGCACAAAACUAGUCAAAGGCGUGGUGGAGCAGCCCUUCGGGGCGGGAAGCUGACGGAGGCCCAGGAACGCAGGGUGCAGCCCCAGCAGGGAGAGCCCAGGAAUGACAACGAUGCGGGGAAGAGGUUGGGGUUCGUCAUAGACCGGGUGAAAGGCGCCCCGCUGGGAGACGGGGUCCUCAGGCUGACCGGCUAUCACCAGAAAACGGGGCAGGUGAUCAGCACCAGGAACUCCGGGAUGACUUGCUACGCGACCCCUGUGAGAUCCAACAUUAAACUCGGCUACUUCAUAUUCGGGGAGCAGGAGGUGACUUUCCUGGACCUGCUGCCGCAGGAGGACAUGAUCCUGAUUGUCCGCUUUUACCACUGGCCCAGUGGAGGGGUGGCCACCACCCCGUGGGACCAGGGGUCGGGCAGGCAGCAGCUGCUGCUGGGAACUGAUGCGUGGUUGGCUGCUUGGGCCAUCCUCAGACUGACCAAGCCUGCUGGAUCCGAUGUGGCGACGAAGGGGGGCCUAGGAGCAGUGACCUGGAACACGGGGCCCCACGAUUUGACCCUGUAUCAUGGCCCUGUGCCUCCUGCCCAUACGCUCUCAGUCCUGCCCGAGGAGCGGCAGCACAAGGGCUUCGAGCCAUACGGCAGUGCCAGCGUGAGGCUGCACCUGUUCAGCGACAAGAAGCCGGAGCAGCCUUUCCCACCCGAGUCGCCAGUCCCUCUCAGCCAGCCGCAGGACUGGCCCUGGGCGGCGUUCAUCCAUCACACCAGGGAGACGCCCGCCUCGGAGCCCUUCAGCGCCACAGACGGCUUCGACCUGUACAUCGACAGGGCCCGGUUCCUGCCUGAUGCCGUCACCGUCACUAGGGUCGCUGGUCGGAUCUUUGACAGCCACUACCACCAAAUCGGGCCAGACAUUUCCACCGCCAUUGAUUUGAGCAGCAAUAUCUUCGAGCCACUCUACAACUAUCACGUGGAGAUCCGGAAUCCACCAGUGCCGCCCUCCGCUACGCUCUUGCUAAAGCUCUACUCCCUGGAUCGGUUCAGUUCCAAGCUCGUCCUGAUCGGCUGGGCAGCUCUCAAUCUCUUUGUGGAAUCUGGGACGCACAGAGCCCCGGCUGCAGAUUCCCAGGGGAUCCAGGUCUCUCUGAAUGAGGGUGCCCACCAGCUUCGCCUGUACCACAGUGGCCCUGCCACGGACCAGCCGUUCUCUGUCGGUGCCCUCACCUCCGCAGGACGGUAUGUCCCAUGUGCCAGCCUGCUAGUCAGGCUGCUCAAAGCCCCCGUGGACUCCAGCCAUCAAACCCUGCAGAGACGCAUGGUUCCCCAGGUGGACUGGGUCAGACUCGGCCUCUUCCAGCCCUGGCCUGACUAUUCAGACGGGAUCUAUUAUUCAGACUCGGUCGUGCCCACCGCCGGGGAGAGGUACCUCUACAGCGCCAUGGGAAACAGGUCUGCAGUGCUGGUUCGGGAGAUUGUCCCUCAGCUUGCGGGAAACGAAGGCCUGGAGCUGAAUACAGAUGCGGAGAUCUCUACUUGGAUCAAAGAGAAACUGACCAGGACGAUGGACUGCAGCCCUCAGCCUUUCAAUCUUACCUAUGUCUCUCGAUACCUCCCUACAUACGGCAUUAAGUUUGCAGUGGAUGGUGCCAAGAAUCUACCCUGGUCUGGUUUGACGGUGGCUCAUUUCUGCUUCAAUCCCCCUGGGGCCUUUUAUUUUGGGAGGCCCUGGCUAAAAUACGAUCGUCCUGUCUUUGUGGAGAAGCUUGACCUUGACAGCUACCAGCGAUGGCCUGUGUGGCUGGAUGGAUUCAAGUCCUUUCCCCAGAGGAUUUACAAUGAGUAUCUAACGGUGAUUAUCCACCUGUACGAAGUCUUGGUGAACCCUCAGCCAGACACUCCGGGCAAAAAGGCAGCCACCAGACCUGUGCCGAGAGGAAUCAUGAGGAAAGAGGGCGAAAGGCUGCGCUAUGCACUGGGGAGUGAAGCGUGGGCUGUUCUCCAAGUGUUCUCUAGUGGCUACUGCAACACUGAUGUUUAUCAGCUGCCUCUGUACCAUGGGGCUCCCAGCCAGAACAUUGUGAUCUCCUUCUCCCAAGGGACGUGUGCCAGCGUUACGCAGGAGCUGGCAAACAGGAAAGUGAUUGAGCUGGUGAGAGGGGCAUCGGUGGUUGUCCGUCUAGCAGAUGGUAGGCGGGAUGAAGAGCUUAGCCUGCCCCCCAAACAGGGUAUCAAUCAGUCCUACCUCCCCAAGGAAGGCAUAGAGUUUUACAAGAAGGAGCCCGGUGGUGCUAAAGUUACAGAUCUGAUGCCACAGGAGAAGGCAGAAACCCAGCAAGAGGCCCGGCUGUUAAUUCUAGAUCACAUCUAGUGGUCCAGGAAGAAGACAGUUUACUUUCUAGAUCAGCCAAGCAAGACAACCAUGACAUGCUAUUUACUUCAUUGCAGGCUUCAAGUAGCAGGGUCAAGCUCCUUGGGCCAUUCUGUUCACAGCACUCUAGAGAUGAGAAUUUGUUCAUCUGUACUGCUGCACCAGUCUAAUUGUGCUUUAUAGCAGGACCAUGACUCACCCCUAGUGAGGAAAAAUCUGAACAUUUGCUUACAAUCUUUAUUGAAGUCAUACAAAAGUUGCCAAAGUGAAAAAAUACACUAUAUACAAAACCAUUCUCCUUGAGGAGAGGUCCACAUUGAAGACUUAUCAUACUGUACUUUCAACUAUAGCCCCUGCUUCCACCUGUGGCCUCUUCUCCGUCUGAAAGAGAGGAAUGGAUUUUGUUAAGUCAGUAUUACAUGUUCCACAGCAGUUAAUUCAUGCACCAGCUGGGAAAGUAGUGGUAGCUUGGAGACUUGCAUUGAUUGGUUACCUACACAGCACUGGUAGUUACAGAAACCAAGCCCUACUCUAAAAUAUAGCUGUAGACAGUUUCAUAGCUUAAGUGCCCUUUGCUUUUAAGUACAACAGACUUCUAUUCCAUUGCACACCAAUGCUUUAGGAGAAACAAGAAUCAUGUUUUAGCUCAGCUGUAAUUUAAUACACUGAACU